GUCCAGAGAAAUAAAAAAUGGUGUUGUAAUCACCAUCCAAAGAACACAACAAAAAAACAUUCAGAUAAACUGAUAACACUUCUCUUUGAACUGAAUUCAACAGAAACACAAAAAUGAGCUCCUCUUCUUCUUCUAUUACCAGCAGCAGCUGUUUAUCUUGGGGAAGCAGCAUUUGCAUACCUUCCGUACAACUUCUAGGGUUUCAGUCAUUUUCCGCCAAAACCAGAAAAUUUAAUCUCUCUUGCUCCUCUUCUACGCAAGAUCCACUUUUGGUGAAGGCUGCGAGAGGAGAACCGGUCAGUAGGCCACCAGCAUGGAUGAUGCGUCAGGCAGGAAGGUAUAUGGCAGUUUACCGAAAGCUUGCACAGAAACACCCAUCCUUCAGAGAGAGGUCAGAGACAACUGAUCUCAUUGUAGAAAUUUCUUUGCAGCCUUGGGAAGCGUUUCAUCCAGACGGUGUUAUAAUUUUCUCUGACAUACUUACUCCAUUACCGGCAUUUGGUGUCCCGUUUGACAUAGAAGAAGUAAGGGGUCCUGUUAUUCAGACUCCAAUUCGUUCUGAAGAAGGAUUAAAGGCUCUACAUCCCAUUGAAUUAGAUAAACUGAAUUUUGUGGGGGACUCUCUUAGAAUACUGCGACGCGAGGUUGAUGGGCGUGCUGCAGUUUUGGGUUUCGUUGGUGCACCUUGGACAAUUGCUACAUAUAUAGUCGAAGGGGGUACAACUCGCACAUAUACUACCAUAAAGAGCAUGUGCCAUACAGCACCACAUGUGUUAAGGGCUCUUCUUUCUCAUUUGACACAGGCAAUUUCUGAUUACAUUAUUUUUCAAGUUGAAUCUGGGGCUCAGUGCAUACAAAUAUUUGAUUCUUGGGGUGGGCAGCUACCACCUGAUAUGUGGGACUGCUGGUCAAAGCCUUACAUUGAAGAGAUAGUCCGGACAGUAAGGAGUAAAUGCCCUGAAACACCUCUUGUUCUCUACAUAAAUGGAAAUGGUGGCUUUCUUGAGCGUAUGGAAGGAACUGGAGUCGAUGUCAUUGGGCUAGACUGGACAGUGGAUAUGGCAGAUGGAAGGAAGCGUUUGGGCAGUGGGAUCAGCAUACAGGGGAAUGUAGAUCCUGCUUAUUUGUUUUCAUCUCUUCCCGCAUUGACUGAUGAAAUUCAAAGAGUUGUGAGAUGUGCUGGGACAAAGGGGCACAUCCUUAAUCUUGGUCAUGGUGUUCUCGUUGGGACUCCUGAAGAAGCUGUUGCUCAUUUCUUUGACGUCGCAAGAAGUCUGACAUAUGGCACAAAUAUUCAAGAUCAUCUGGAAGAAGAACAAAAAUUGGUAGUUUGAGGAGCAAUAUCAACAGUUUGGUGCUAUGAGUGGGUUUUCAUUGUGAGUUGAUGUGGUUUGACAGUUUAAGAAUGAAUCCUUGAGGGUGCACCAUAUUCGAGGCACUGAUCGAAGCUUUUAGGAUCUGUACAUGCAUGUGCUUUUGCUGACCACCAGUAUUCUUCAGUCAUAGCUUCUAAAUUAUAAUUUUAAAUAUGAACCCACAGCUUACUUAUUGAUUUUGGUAGAGACAGAAGGGGGAAUCCAUUUUUUUCUUACUCUUCUAGUGAACUAAAAAUGUUCAUAUUCUGUCAGAUGAUGUAAAUGUCAAAGUUGUUAGAAGUUAGGAAGACAUACCUAGGGACCGUUACCUAGCACAUUGUUUUCCAGAGAGAGAGAAUUAACAAAGCUAUUUUAAGUUA